AUGGAAACUUGUCGUCCAUACGAGUCUUUGAAAAUUAUCGCAAAUUCUUUCUUUUGCUUUGCACUUUUAAACUAUCUUUCAUCACUUUCGACUAAAUCUUUAACUAAUUUUUACAAUGAUCUCGACGAGAGAAGGAAAGCUAUUUGGAAUAAUACAUUAGUUAGUUAUGUUCACGCCUUUGUAUGUUCCGUUUUGGCACCCAUUUGUUUUUAUUUGUACCCUGAAGCAUGGGAUAAUUUAAUUUACAUAAAUAUACCAAUUUUCGCGUCUCAGAUCGCUUUGUCAACAGGUUACUUUCUUUAUGAUCUGUUUGAUUUUGUAUCAAAAAAGAUAUUUAUGGAUACCAUUGGAAUUUGGAUUCACCAUAUUAUGAUUGUCGCCAUUUUCUCAACUUCGCUAUAUACAUGUGUUUGUGCCGAAUACCUAACAGCCUCACUAAUCGUCGAAAUAAGCAAUGUUUUUUUACAUCAACGAAAACUUUAUUUGACCUGUUUCAAAACAAAAACAACACGUUUCUACCAAUUCAAUUCGCUGUUACUUUUCCUGACAAUAACUGGUAUACGAAUACCAGCUCAUGUCUACUUGAGUUUGAGAGUGUGGGGUGAAUACGAACUCUUUCACAAUCAUUUGUAUUGGAGUAUUGCUUUCUAUGGGCUGGUGGCUAUGAACAUUUUGAAUACGCAGUUGUGGUUACAAUUGUGGAAUUCCGAUUGGAAAAAAACCUUUAUGGGGGGUGAGAAUGGUGUUUCUCCUUCGAUGAAUAGGGAAGAUAAAUAG